CAUACGUGUUGCUACAACUAUCAUUUUGUCUCUGCGUUUUAAGAUCUUACAAGUAAAACAUGUCUCUGCAAUUUUUAGAUAGCGUUCCUUUAGUUGUUCUGGUGGGUUUAGGCAGCUUUCUUGCCGCACCACUCAUUUACACCCUUGACAAGUUGGCAGUGAUGGAGGAUCAGCGUUGGGUGUUCAUGUCUGGCGUCAUCACUCUUCCAUUGUUUGGGCUGCUGUGCUGUGUUUGGGUGAGGAGAAGUCCGUGUAAAAAAGAACCACUGUUCUAUGUGUUCAGUAUCUUCAGUUUUACAUGUGUGGUUGACCUAUUCAUUGCACUGGAACUUGAUGGCUAUGUGAAGGGUUUCAUGGAGUUCUAUCUACGAGAAGGGGAGCCCUAUUUGCGAAGCUCCUAUGGUUGCCUCAUUAAUUACUGGGAUGGCACAGGACACUUUGCCAUGUACCUCGCUAUGAUUGCCCUCAUGAGUACUGGUGCAGACUACAGGCAGUUGGGUCUAUAUUGGGUUGGCUCAAUCAUGAACAGUAUGAUAGUCUUCAUGCCAGGAAAUUGGACAGGUAACAAAGGCAUAAAGUGGUCAUAUUUGCUCAACGUCCCAUAUGUGGUUUACCCCAUUUAUGCUGGAGUUAGAUUCUUCAGGGAAGGCUUUCACCUGAAGAAGAGACAGUUCAGAGGCAAAAGUCCAGUUGAGAGGACCGUAGAGAAAUUCUUCAUUGCCUGGUUUUCUCUGGCGAUCCUUGUCUGCAUGUUUAGAAUGAUUGCGUGCAUGGGCUGUAAGGAUUACAUCACAACGUUCUACAUCACAGACAUAGAACCAUAUCUUGUAGACCCAAGACAAUAUGGAAAGACUCAGGCCUUGGCAUAUUUCUACUACUACAUACCAGUAUUUGUUGCUGUCAUUUGUUCACUGGUGUAUGAUGGUCAGACAUGGAUUAAGGACUGGAGCCUGCUAUGCGCUGGCGGGACGAUGCAAGGCCAGCUCGUGUACAUCUGGUGUUCGCUGAAAUGGAGCACGCCUACUGAGCACCUUGUACCUGACACGAUCCUCGCGAGGUCCAUUUUCUGGCUAGUGAACCUUAGUCUCGUCAUAGUGCCACACCUGUUUGCUGUUUACUGCCAUAGGUUUGAGAUUAGAGAUAAACUUGCGCCAUAUCUGAGCAAUAUUCAGGGACAAAGUCAAUCUUUACCAAAACAAGCUUCUCCAAUACGCCCCAAGAAAACUCCACCUGUCAUUUCUGAAACAAGGCGUGUUACCAGGCUACAGAAAAAACUCCUCUGAUUGAUGGCUAGUUUUGAUAUGAAAAAUAAUAUAUUACAACUCUUAUGUCCGAACACAAUUUGAUUACUGCUGUAUAGUUUUGGGAAAAUAGUACUAAAUCUAGCUAAAAUAAAGCAUUUAUAAUUAAUAGAGCAGCCAGAAUUUUGUUACGGAAACCUGAUGACUCUCCGUUUAUGCCACUUUUUUAUAAUCUAGGAGAGUUAACAUUUGAAAAAAGUUAGAAGUUUCACCCUGGCCUGAUGGUAUAUCAAGCCUUUAAUUAUCUUUCACCAUCAUACAAUUCAAAACUUCAUUUCUACCUAUGCGUGUAAGUGCUCUUUACGAUCUCAAAUGACCGUGACCUUGCACCAAGUACAUGCUGAACACUUUCUUUCAAAUAAUUGAAAAUUAACUUGAAAUUGUACACCCAUUUAUAUAAGACAAGCUAUUUCCUUACACGCUUUUAAAUUUCUGUUCAAGAUUUUUUUAACUUUUACAAACAUUGGUAGCUUUUAGUUAUGGUAACAAAACAUUUGGAGAAAUAGUUGAGUUCCAAAAUGUUAUUGUAUUUUUACUUUUAUAUGACUUUGAAAUCAACAUAUAUAUGUUGUACUGUGAAAUCAUUAAUGUUCGUGGGCAUGAAAUUUCGUGGUUUGCCAAAAAAAACAAUUUCGUGGGUACUUGAAUUCGUGGAUUUUCAUUUUUAAAAAAAAAUAAAAAUCGAAGAUGCGAUCGUCCUAGAUCGUCUGCAUAAUAUCCACGCGCUGGCCAGAGAUUUCCGUCUCUACGUCACUCGGUUUAUGACACUCGCUAAUGUGGUACGACAUGCCAAUUAGUGCAUAUACCCAUGUCACUUAUCGAUUUAAAGGUAAUAAAAGAAGAUGUACCCUGAUCAUAAAUACGGAUAGGGGAAGCCAUUGAAUGCCAAUUAAGAAUUUUGCAAACACCGAAAAGGUGCGUAUAUUGUCACGUUCGGUGCUUAGUAACCUUCAAUUUACUAGUAAUCGAUUAAUUAUUUUAUUAAAUAAAAAAAUCGAGUAUGGACACUCAUCACGCACAUCUUGUAAACUUGGAGAUUUUCAUUAACAGCACACGUUUAAACACGUGCUUAUAACUGUCAUUUGUUGCAUAAAACACAUUUAAUUGAUUUGGUUCAUUAUUUGUUAAAGGCAGUUAUAAUAUAUUAACAGAAUAAUGAUUGUAAGUUAUACAGUGCAUCGGCGUAGCUCCAAUAGGCACGGUAUGCCCGGGCCUACACUUCGUUUCCAAAAAUGAAAAAUACAAAACGUCCAAAUCUGCAAUAAUAACUGAAAGGUAAGGGGGUGACAGCUUAAUUAACAUUCAAGUUAAAACUACAGGUAAACUAAGCAUAUUUUUUCUAAUAAGUUUUGUAUUUCUGUUCUGUUAUUGUACAUCAUAAGCUAGACAACAAUAAAGUUUAGUGAAGUGCAAUAUAAAACUCAAAAUAUAAGCUAAAACGCACCAUAUUCGAUCUGGAGUAAAAAAAACAUCCCGGGGGAGGUCCCCCCCCCCCACCAAGUGGGCCUAUACUUUUUAAUAGGCAAAGCUACGCCCCUGAAUGUCAUGCUCAUCAUUCUUAAUGCAUGCAAUGAGACUUGUUCUAAAAGGGUAGUCAAAAAUGUUAUGCCAUGUUGUAAUAUCAUGUGAAUCACAGCAUAUAUACAUAUAUCACUAUAUCAGUAUUUAUGUAUUGUCCAACGUCAAGGUACUAAGUCAAGUUCGUAUGGAUGAAGGGAAAACGUAACACGAGCUUUGAAUGAAAAUAGGGCAUUUGUUAAUGCCAUAAAAGUGUUUUUACGAAAUAUCGUAAAAUAAAACAUGAGUCAAUAGCAUGUGUAUAAUAAAAAUUCCCAGAAUACAUAUCUGGGUGGACAAUCCGCCACGAGGAGAAUCCUCCGCCGCCACCCACUAUAUCAGUAUAAACGUACAAUAUAUGCCAAUGUACACAGAAUCAUAAAUUUACUUUGAUGAAGCUAUAAUUGUAUGUAGCCUUAUUGGAUUAUAUAAAGGUCUGCGUAAUUAUAAAUUUAAACUUUGACGGGUGUUGAAUGGUCUUCAGGAUUAAGAGGAGCUCGUUCGCAAAGCUUGCUUCGCCUUUUCUUUAUCAUUUAUAUUUUACUUCAUGUCAUCUAACUAUUACAUGAAUAGAAAAUCAAGCAAUAUUCGGACGUAUGAUGCAUAAUUUAAACUAAAUAGAAUUCCGGAUUUCUGUUUAAAAUUAAGCGUUUUUCCGAAAUCCGAUAUAAAAAAUAGCUUAAACAUAACUUUUUGAAGUACUCUCACAUCCAUUAUACUAUAAUAGGUAGUUAAAAGUUCACUACAUGUGCGCUUUAAAAACAAACUUAUACGAUACGGUAGUCAUCCGAACUAUCUAUGGAUAUAGAUCUGUCUCGCUCAAGACGGAAUUUUCGAUUAGUUAUUGUUCGUGGAAUACCCGAGAAUGAAAAUGUUGUACUGUUGUUGCUUCAGCGGUUGAGUUUGAGCGUUGAGCCGCUUUCACCUCAAAGAGCGGUUGAACAAGUUUUACCAGAACCGAACCUGCCUUCAUGAGUGUUCCAGGUACUCACUUUGUGUCACCAAAGAGACGGUUAAAUUGUAUCACCGUUACAAUGACUUCGAACAGUUACUUUCAACACUUUUCACCGCGCCGUUCAAGCGACUGUUAUUUUGGAAACGUUUUAAAUGAUCGAUUGAAGUAAAACCAAUGCAAAGUUCACACGUACGGACGGAUGUGGUGGCAUGUGCCUUCGUUUUCACUUGUUCGUUCCACGUGCUACGUUGACGUAUACGCCAAAUCGCUACAGACAGUAGGUUUAAUUGAUCGAACUAAUAGCAGUUCAAACACUUUGUACAACUCAAAAGUUUGUUUUAUUUUAACCAAAUGUUGGUGUUUAUUAAAACUACGUGCAGGAUGUAUUGCUUGAUUUUAUUGUAAUCAUUGCAAAUAUAAUUAAGGGUGUGUAAUGCACAUAUAAAAGUACCAAAACUCACAUAGAACCAUCGGGCCUACAAGUAUUUAAGACCUAGCUACGCCCCUGCAGUGAGACAGGUUUUAACACUGUAUACUGCGACCUCUGUAAAGAAUAUACUAGAGUAUGUACGUAACAAGGCAAUUGAAAAAGUGAAUAAAGGGUUUAUAUUUCGUGGGAUCUUGAAUUCGUGGAUCACCCAACCCACGAAAACCACGAACAUUAAUGCCCCACGAACAUUAAUGAUUUCACAGUAUAUGAAAAUUGUGUAUUUUUUUAGCAUUUUAUUAUGAAAAUCAAGACAUUUAUGCAAUUCUUAUUCAUUAUUUAUUUCUUUACGAGUGUUUGUUGAAGAUUGUAUACUAUGAUGACUUUUCUUUUCUUGAUUUGUUCAAGUGUGUGCGGGUUUGUGUGUUUUUUGUGUUGUUUUUUAGCUGUAGGUGUCUUUGUUGGAAUUGCCAAUGUAUUAUUUGAUGAUGGCCAUAUUGUUAUUAAAAGAAGUUAUGCUACGCAGCUUCAUGAAUAAGCUUCAAUUAAUGAAGUUAAAUACAAUUAUAUUAAAACAUUUAGAUCAAAUCAUUUCUAUUGUUAUUCUUGAAAUGGUUUGAUGUACCUUUUAAAUAGAUUGAACUUGUUUGAUGUAAGGUACUUUUAGGUAGAACUAAUCAUAUUCUCAAUAUGCUUUGAUGUACUGUAUACUUUAGAUGAAAGCUUUUCUAUUCUCAUUAUGGCUGAAUGUGCUGCACUUUUAAGAUAGAUCCUUUUCUAUUCUCAUUAUUUUGAUGUUCUGUACUUUUUAGAUGGAGCUAUUUCUAUGCUCAAUAGGUUUGAUGUACUUUAUUAAACUUCAAAUGUAAAAUGUAAAAGACAAUCAUGGGAUUACUCAUAACAUGCAACACUCGCCAUAUGGCAGCUACUGUUCAAGAUAUUCACAUAUAUAUAUUUUCAGUAUAUUUGUUAACAUUUUUUAACCAUACUCCACAUUAAUGAUGUAUUGUCAAAGAUAGUAUUUUUAUAUAAUUCUACAAACUUAUACUUUUACAUGUAAUGAUUUAUUUUUAUAUUAUAUUUUAGAGAAAUAAAAUGUACAUCAAUUCA